AGAUCGACGCUACACCAACGUGCACGCGCAGAAUAGUGGCAUGUCGUCGUCGCCGGAGAUGGAGGGCGGCAGGGAGAGCAAGAAGUACAAGGGCGUGCGGCGGCGCAAGUGGGGCAAGUGGGUGUCGGAGAUCCGGCUGCCCAACAGCCGCGAGCGCAUCUGGCUGGGCUCCUACGACGCCCCGGAGAAGGCCGCGCGCGCCUUCGACGCCGCCUUCGUCUGCCUCCGCGGUCGCGGCGCCGCCGGCGCGGACCUCAACUUCCCGGACUCGCCGCCGCCCUGCCGUCCAGGCGGCUGCAGCAGCGACCCACAGGAGGUGCAGGCCGCCGCGCUCUCACACGCCAACCGCGCCGCCGUCAAGGCGCAGCAGGCGGCCGCCGCGGCUCUCAUGGACGUCGACGGCUCGCCGCCAACGUUGCCACGGGACUCCGCGUCGCAUGACACGGACGUUCUUGGCACUGGCAGCGCUGAGGUGGUGGCGCCCGUGCGCGCCGACGGCAGCAUCGACUGGCGCCUCGUCAUGGCCCAUCCGCCGCCGCUCUUCUCCCCGACCGGGUGGGGCAGCAAUGCGUACGACUUCCUGCAGGUGUCGCCGCCGACGUCAGCGGACGAGGAGAUGGAGGAGAGUCUCCAUGGCGCAAGCGCUUCUCUCUGGAGCUUUGACAUGAGAGACUCCUACUUCAGAUACUAACAAGCUGCAUGCUGUACUACACUACUCUACCAGAUGGCGCCAUGGUAGCGCAUCUCUACAGCUACGUACGAGAGUAUAUGAACAAUCUUGCAUUGCUACCACCUACGAGGCAUUAAUGACAUGUUCAUUGUUACCAGUAUGAACAAUAAUCUUCUUAACAUAAUUUUGGUGACAAUGAUAGAAAUGGAUGGCAAGUGAUAUUUUUGUCACAGUGCCGAGUGUGCAUGGUAUCUAAUUAAGAGAGUGUUAUAGAGGUUAUAACACAGAAACUUUUAUUUGGUGCAGACCCUUUUUUUCUUAAUUUUGUUUUAGGGGGUAAUUUUAUGGCAUUUUUCCACUGAUGAGGGCUUACACGUCCAUUUCACAUGCAUGCUUUCAGUUAAAGCCGAAGGCUAUAUAUAUCAUAUACUAUGUAGAUGGGGGAAUAUUUUUCAUGUACUAGUCGUGCAUAUUCAUCCGAACUUGCAAUAUAGACCAGACGCGUCAUUUUCAAGCA